CUUGUAUAUAACUCUGCAUCCCCCCACACCUUCACUUUCUUCCUCUCUCUUUUUCUUCCCACGGCUUUUCUGUCCUUUCUUUCCUUCAUACCCAUCCAAUCCCAUUCUCUCGCUCGGCUUGCCCUUGCACACAUUCCUUUUUCACUUCGAUUUCCACAUUCACUCCUUUGUGCUGGAAUAUCUACCAUACACCUUCCUUCUACCACUUCAGUCAUUCCUUGCUCGACGCAACACUCGAUUUGACUCACAAUCACAACCGCUCUGAGAGCCCGCUUUUCAAUACCAAACAGGACAACAAACUCAUUGAUUGAUUCAAUCUGUUGCUAAACAACACGAACAAUACAACAACAACAAUAACGAUUACAAAAUCACGCAGCAUAACACACACUUGCACAUAACCCAAAAAACAACAACAACAACAACAACAACAACUUUCUGCCAAAAUGCUCACCUCAACUUGCUUCCUUGCUGCUAGCAGCUUCCUUGCCCUUUCCAUGGCUGCCCCAAUCCCCAAACCGGUGGAGCGACGUGGUGGCAUGGCCUUCUCUAAGUACACCGUCUUCGGUGGUGAUGGUACCACUCUUCAAGGUUGGCCCUCCCAGAAUCAGUGGUGGCCGUUCGAGGAUCUCUGGGACGCCAACUUGGAAAUCCUGAGGACCUCCUGUACUCAGUACCCUGGAUCCCCCCAGAACAACGAUGAGAACGAAAUCGCCGCCAUCAAGCAGGCCAUCAUCGAAGUCAGCGGUGAGAGCGGUCUCAGCAAGGAGUACAUCCUCGCCUCCAUGAUGCAGGAGAGCAAGGGCUGCGUGCGCGCCCCAACUACCAACUACGGUGUCCGCAACCCCGGCUUGAUGCAGAGCUUCAACGGCAAGGCCACGUGCAACGAGGGUGGAUUCACCACCCCAUGCCCAGACAGCACCAUCAAGCAGAUGGUCAGCGAGGGUGUUGGUCUCGGUUUGGAAUUCGGCCUCACCCAAGCCCUCGGCCAGGCCGGCUGCGACGAUGUCUCCAAGUACUACAAGGCUGCUCGUAUCUACAACUCUGGUAGCCUGCCUCAGGGCGGCAACCUUGGUUCUGGCAUCGCCACUCACUGCUACAGCACCGAUAUCGCCAACCGUCUCGUUGGCUGGACCAGCCAGUCCUCAGCAUGCCAGGAGGGCACCAUUGGCUCAGUGGGUGGCUCCAACGUCGCCUUUGGUGGAAGUGACUACAGCAACGGCAACGGCAACGGAAACGGAAACAGCAACACACCCGAGCCUACCACGACUCCCACUAUCACCGAGCCUCCAGCCGCCGUCAAGACUCCCGAGGUCGAGCCACCCAAAGCUGAGACUCCUAAGGUCGAGCCUCCCAAAGCCGAGACCCCCAAGGAGCAGACACCUAAGCCAGUCAAUGCUCCCACUAGCGAGAAGGCUCCUGGUGCUGCCGCCAACUGCAAGUCCUGGUAUGCCGUGAAGAAGGGCGAUGACUGCAGUGCCACCGGUAUCUCCUUCGAGAGGCUCCGAACCCUCAACACCCAGCUUGACAGCAACUGCAGCAACCUGUGGGCCGAGUACUCCUACUGCAUUGACGCCUAAGCUGUUCGAUGAUUUAUAGUGCAAUGCAACCGAAAUACAACCGAAAUACACUUACUUCACUUCUUCUGUCUAAACAUUUACCUAUCGUAGCAUUUCGCCACUGAGGCGAAUCUACAUUUUCAAAUGGGGUUGUUCAAGCAUUUCAGGCACGGCAUCUUUUCUUCACUUCUACCGCCCUCUUUUGAUACCUCUUAUCUCACAACCUUUUUGCUGCCUGACGGAAUGGAUCGUGGUCAUGAUGGGGACCAGGCGGAAUUGCUGGACACGAAACUCCGCGUCUUCUAUCAUGUCGUAACGAAUGACUAGCUCUCAUGAGAAACAUGACCCAAUAAAUUUCAAAACACUUGUUUACCAACUCA